GCUUCCCGAAUCAGUUUCCUACGCCUUUAAUUCAGUUUAAGGAAAGGCAGAAAUCAUCCCAUUUGCGGAACCAUCCUCCUCGACGCGGGACGGGCAGAGGAGGGGUAAAUCUGCAUUUUAGUAGCCUAGCUAUUAUAGCCUAUUAUUUGAAGGGACAAACGUGUUACAAGAGCGAACGCUAUGGCAACAAAAAAAUCAUCAUGCACUGAUAUAACGAAAAGGAGCCAGAGUCCCGUCGUUUUAGAGGUUGAGAUGUUCCGUGAAUUUCAGGACUGGUGCCUCCGGACAUAUGGGGACUCGGGUAAAACAAAGACCGUCACCCGGCGAAAAUACAACAAAAUCAUGCAGACAUUGUUGCAAAACGAAGAGUCGGACAGCAUGUAUGUCGACAAUAGUCACAUCAAUGCUAAAUUCAAAUUCUGGGUGAAGUCGAAAGGGUUUCAGGUCGGGAGCAACAUCCUCGGGGAGCACAAGAAAGGAGCGUCAGGGAAGCCGGUCCUAUAUGUCCCGGUCAAGUCAACGUGUGCAGAUGCAGGCUCGGCCCAGGACAGCUUGUCCCUGAAGAGGGUGGCAGUGGUGGAGGACUUCUUCGACAUCAUCUAUGCCAUGCAUGUGGAGAUGGGUGCUGACCUUGGUAGAGCACCUAAACACGCUGGCCAGAAGAAGACCUACAAAGCGAUAGCGGAGACAUAUGCCUUCCUGCCCAGGGAGGCAGUGACACGCUUCCUGAUGAGCUGUGGAGAGUGUCAGAAAAGGAUGCACAUCAAUCCCAACACUGCAGAGUUUAAAGAAAAUGAUCGACCAGCAUCCCUGGUCCCGGACCUCAUUGACUACAACAUGCCCCUGACGGCCACCUACCUGAAACAGAUGAAACUACAGUGCAUGACUGCCAAUGAGCGGGAUGAAAGUUCGGUGAGCAGUGAGGACAUGGAUAUGGCUGAGUCCACGUGGGUCUCUGCUGAGCGUCCCCCUGUCCCUGAGCUCAGUCCCCCCAAUGGAGGGAUGGUACACAGCCCACAAGCCGCAUUGAAAGAGGAAGACGAUGACGACUCUGAGAGUGCCAACGGACUGCCAUCCCUGACCCCCCUCGAGGCAAUGGUUGUGGCUCCAUACAGGGAGGUGACUGAGAACGGGGUGAGUGCUCCCCUGGACUUUAGCACCACCACCUCCUCCUCUUCCUCCUCAGAGGACCAGCAACCAGUCAAUCUGACUGACAGACUGCUGCCUGUGGGGAGCCCUGUUGGGACGCCCUACUCAGCUGACGCUACGAGGAAGUCCCCUGGGAAACCAGACUACGGCAACAGGUCUCCUCAGCACCGCCCCGGAAGCUAUGACUCAUUGAAGACAGAACUGAGCAUGAGUGCUGAGGACCUGACCUCUGGGCGUGCUCAGAUCAUCGAUGAUGAUGAUGACGAUCAUGACGACCAAGAUGACAGUGACAAGAUCACUGAUGCUGAGGGAAUGGACCCAGAGAGGCUGAAAGCAUUUAAUAUGUUUGUUCGUCUGUUUGUGGAUGAGAACCUGGACCGCAUGGUGCCCAUCUCCAAGCAGCCCAAGGAGAAGAUCCAGGCCAUCAUCGAGUCAUGUAGCCGACAGUUCCCUGAGUUCCAGGAGCGCUCCCGCAAGCGCAUCCGCACCUACCUCAAGUCCUGCCGCCGUAUGAAGAAGGUUGGUUUUGAGACACGGCCCACACCCCCACACCUCACCUCUGCCAUGGCAGAGAACAUUCUCGCUGCUGCUUGUGAAAGUGAGACACGCAACGCUGCCAAGAGGAUGCGACUAGAUGUCUAUCAAGGCCCUGAGGAACCUGCUACUGCUGAUAAGAACGGCUCCAGGGACCCGGCCUCAGUUGCCUCCUCAGGCUUCUCCCUGGCUGCCUCAGCCUACUCCCAGUCCCAGGACCCAGUAUACACCAACGGCACCAACAGGGGCCUCAACUACAGCUUCCGCAGUUACGGAGCAAUGAGCAACAACCUGCCGACCACCGGUGCCACCACCACACAGACCAAUGGUCCCACUGAUCUCAGUAUGAAGUCUGUGGCUCCUACAUCCUCUUCCUCCAGUUCUAACAGUCACAGUGGUCAGGGUGGAGGUGGGGGAGGUGCCUCGGCUCAGCUCAGCCCCCCUGAGGUCACAGCGGUGAGGCAGCUCAUCGCCGGGUACCGAGAGUCUGCCGCCUUCCUGCUCCGAUCUGCAGACGAGCUGGAGAACCUGAUCCUGCAGCAGAACUGAACCAUAAACAGGCCAGACCGGACGAACUAUGCCGUGCCAAGACCCGUCUCCCCAGGCUGUCUGUCUGUACUAUCACCCUCAGUCAAACACAUUUAGACAGACAGACAGACAGACAGACAGACAGACAGACAGACAGACAGACAGACAGACAGACAGACAGACAGACAGACAGA